UUGUCGCGCCAUUCAUUUUGCACCUCGGAUAGUGUGUAAGCCUCUUAAUCACUCACAAGUUUUCUCUUGAAAUUAUAAAAGUUUGAUUUAUUUUCAAAAGUGAGUCUUUAUCAGGAUGAAAAUGUCAAGUCAACUCUUGAUGUUUGUUGCAAUUAUUUUGGCAAACAGAUGCUUGGGAUUGCGGGACGUGCGUGUGAUUGUCCCUACGGCUGUGAUGUCUGGACACGGCGCCAAGCUCAUUUGCGUGUUUGACUUGCAAGGAGAGAGCCUUUAUGCAAUUAAAUGGUACCGCGGACAGCGAGAAAUAUAUCGCUUCAUGCCGCGGGAAUCUCCGUCGCAGACUUCCUUCCCGAUUUCCGGCAUUGAAAUAGACAUUUCUAAAUCAGAUGCAAAUAACCUCAAGAUUAAAUCAAUACACGCAGAUCUGUCCGGAAAUUUUACGUGCGAAGUCACAGCGGACGAUUCAUUCAGCUCUGUCUCCGUUACCCAAGCCAUCUUGGUAGUAGAAAUGCCGGACAGGGCGCCAAUAAUCACAGUGGAAAAGAAGCGCUCCGAAAACAGUGGGCAGAUUAUCACUGCCAAUUGCACCAACAUCCACUCUCGGCCGCCCGGAAAACUCAAUCUUUUCAUCAACGAAGAGCCAGUUGAUGAAACUGAUCUGGAGAGGUUCAUGGUUCCAGAUGGAAAGUCGCAGCUCGAGGUUGCGAGCCUGACAAAAAUUAUAACAGAGGAGCAGCUUGAAGACAUGAGCUUCAGUUUACGACUUAAGUGCGUGAGCAGCGUUUUUACAUUCAAACGGAUGACAGAAGUUCUUUUAAUUGAGCAAAGACUGCGGUCAGAAUCUAUUUUGGCACCCACAGAGUCGAGUUCUCCUUCAAACUUUACAAGAGACUCUUAAUCCUUUUCAGAUAUUGCGUCGGUACUCUGGUUUUUUACUAUACUCUUUGUUCUGAGGUGAAUUUAUAUAGAGUUUAUUUAGGAGUUUCAUUGUUCAAAAGCUGGAAUUAUAUUUUUAAAAAAAUUCUAAAAUAUUGUGAUAAGAAUAAAAAUGUGAAUAAAUGUUGGAAAGUAGACAAAAAUGUGGUUGAGAGAAUGUGCAUAUUUUUGCUGCUUAAUUGUUACAUUUUUUGUAAAAAUCUACUUUUAAAUUAAACAGAAUUACAUAAUCCGGCCAGUUCACUCAUCAUGAUAUUGCAUGAAACAGUGGAUUCAAUUUUUGAUUCGAGUGUGUUAUGUGGUGUGAUAAAUAAAAGUACUUUGAGAUUUCUCAUUUUAAAUAUACAUAUAUUUUGAAGCUAAAAAGCCAAUUUGUGAGCACAUGCAUAAUUUCAAAUCGACCUUAUUGUUAUAAAUAUAAUAAUAAUAAUAGCUCUGAAUCCCCCAGGGAUCUCGUAGUUCACUUGUAUAUCAGAAUAAAAUUGCCAUAGAAACGUUUUAAUUUUAAAAAAUCAGCACAAUAAAUUAUGCUCUUUUAAUAGCAAAGAGGUACGUUCGCAAUAAGCUAGGCUUUUGAUUACCACAAAAAACAAUUAUUAUUUAAUAAAUAUUACU